UUGAUUUCUGUUUAUCCAAAUUUUUUUAUCAAUUUCACUGUAGCUUUAAUUUUCUCUCUCCGCGCCCGUUUAAUCGAUCAAUUUAGGGUUUUUCCGAUUCGUCACCUAGUCGACUCAGCCAUGAUUUCCGAUUCGAUCCCCAACGCGUCUGUCGCCCUCGCCUCAUCUAACCCCAAGGAUUUGGCCAAGAAGAAAAGGGCCAAUCGGUCGGCGAAGUUGAAGCAGUCCAAGCUUGAUGCUCGUCGGGAACAGUGGCUUUCUCAAGUGAAGGGUAAGGGUGGGUGUAAGGAGGAGGUGAAUGGUGAAGGGGGUCUGAUGAAGUUGGAAAACAAGAACAUGCCUAUUGAGAAGCUGGAGAAAAGUCUAAGACGUGAGGAUGGAAUAUAUAUAGAUGGAUUAUCCGUUCAUCAUUUUAGUGAUUUCGAAUCCUCGCCUGCGAACAGCCCCACCAGUAGUGCAUUAGGCGGAAAUGAUUCUGGCGUCAAUUUUACUUCCAGUAGCCGAAGCAGCAGCAGCAGUGGUCGCAGCAGUAGCUGUAGCACUAAUGGUUGCUUUUCGGGUAUCAUGAGUGAGGAAGAUGAAGGGAAUGGUGGUGAUGAUGGCUGCUUGGAUGAUUGGGAGGCUAUGGCUGAUGCCUUGGCUGCUACGGAAGACAAGCAUUUGGGUCAUAAGCCCAGCUCGGGAUAUGGAUUACCUGUGGAGAAGCAUGGAAAUACUGCGGCAUGUGGUUCUGGGCUGAAUUUGGCAAAGCAGCCUUUCCGUGAGAGUGAUAAUCCAAGUGAAAAGCAAAAGAGUGACAGGAUAUCUCAAGCAAAAUGCCAGGCUUGGAGACCUGAUGAUACAUUUAGGCCUCAGAGUUUACCUAAUCUGUCAAAGCAAUAUUGUAUUGGGUUAAAUUCAGAUCGGCAUUUUGGUCUAGGAGGUUCCGUUUGGGGCUGUAAGAAUGUCGGGCCAGUCCCUACAUCAUGUCCGAUUUGCUAUGAAGAUUUUGAUUUCACAGAUUCAAGCUUUAUCCCCUGUCUCUGUGGAUUCAGGCUCUGCCUUUUCUGUCACAAGAGAAUUCUUGAGGAAGAUGGGCGUUGUCCCGGCUGCAGGAAGCAGUAUGACUGCAGCCCUGUUGAAGGAGAGGCUACAUUGGAUGGAGGGAGCUUGACUUUUCGACUUAAUCGUACUUGUAGCAUGACAACAAGAUCCUAGAAAGAGUCUCCGUUCCUUGAUCUGUAUGUUAGGUCUCUCUUUUUUCUUGGUGUGCAUUGCGUUUGUCGUCGCUUUAAAACUGUUUUUCGCAGUCCUAGAAAUUGGUAUAGAAAUUUGAUUUUGGAGCACAAUGAAAUCAAUCUAGCACUCUUAUGAUUUCAGUUGCUUUUAUAUAUAUAAUUAUGUAUGUAUAUAUAUUAUGUGUAAUCAUAUGAAUAGCUGCACUUAUAUAGUAAUGAGGUGCAUAAACAUUUUGAAAUAAAUGCUUUGUUUUUUAUGAUUUA